AUGAGUACCACACUCUUUAAGGUUGCUGUCUUGGGUGGUGGAAUUUCAGGAGCAGUGUGUGCAUCAACUCUUGCUCGGAAUGGGGUUUCUGUUACACUCUUUGAGUCUGCUAGAGGCCCUGGUGGACGCAUGUCCCAGAGAAGAGAGAAAACUGAAGAUGGAAAGGAGCUGCAUUUCGACCAUGGUGCUCCGUUUUUCUCAGUUAGUAAGCCGGAAGUGGCGCGUCUCGUUCAAGAAUGGGAGUCGAGGGGUCUCGUAGCUGAAUGGAAAGAAAAGUUUGGCUCAUUUGAUUUUCAAACCCUUAAGUUUAACAACAUAGAGCAGGAAGGAUUAAGCAAGAGAUUUGUGGGUGUUCCAGGCAUGAAUUCAAUCUGCAAAGCAUUAUGCAAUGAGAGUGGUGUGGAAAGCAAGUUUGGUGCGGGUGUUGGAAAAGUUGAAUGGUUGGAUGAUGAGAAAUUAUGGUUAUUGAUAGGAGUGGAUGGACAAAGUCUUGGUCAGUUUAAGGGACUUGUUGCUUCAGAUAAGAAUAUAGUUUCUACUAGGAUCGCAGAAGUUACAGGACGGUUACCACCACUUGAUUUGAAGUUGCUGCCCGAGUUGUCAGAAAAGUUGCACAAUAUUCCUGUUAGACCAUGUUUUGCAUUAAUGUUGGCAUUUGCAGAGCCUCUGUCAACGAUUCCAGUUAAAGGCUUCUCUAUUAAAAAUUCUAAAAUAUUAAGUUCGGCUUACUGUGAUAGCAGCAAGCCAGACCGUUCUACAACAAGCGAAAGAUGGGUUCUUCAUUCAACAGCAGAGUAUGCAGAGAAUAUAAUCGCUCAAACAGGACUCAAGAAGCCCUCAGACGCUACAUUAAAAAGAGUGGCGGAAGAGCUUUUCCAAGAAUUUCGAAGUACUGGGGCUAACAUAUCACAACCCUUUUUCAAGAGAGCUCAUAGAUGGGGGAGUGCAUUUCCAGAUGCUAGUAUUGCGGGAGAGGAAAAAUGUCUUUGGGACAGAAACAAGAGACUAGCGAUAUGUGGUGAUUUCUGUGUUAGUCCCAAUGUCGAUGGCGCCAUAGAUAGUGGUUUUGCAGCAGCCUUAAGACUUAAAGAUAUUAGUGCCAGUUCUCUAUAG